CCGGCAGCAUGCGCCGUCGCGCCGGGGCCGUGUCCUCUGUCUACCCGCAGCAGGGCGCUGGUUUUACGCAUUCCGCUCGGUGCCACUGAUGGAGAGCAGUCCUCUCCAGCCGGACCGGGACGCCUCCAUCAUGAAGUUGGUGGUCCUCGUCCUCCUCCUCCUCCUCCCGUGGACGUCCUGUCCGCUGUGUCUCGCCAACGUCGCCGCCACAGGUGAGUUUGUGUCCCUGGCGGAGAUGGAGGACGCUCUGCUGAGGAACCUAUUCCAAGGCUACCAGCGCUGGGUCAGGCCAAUCCAACGUGCCAACGACACUAUUAGAGUUCGCUUUGGACUCAAGAUCUCCCAGCUGGUGGAUGUGGAUGAGAAGAACCAGCUCAUGACAACUAAUGUUUGGCUUUGUCAGGAGUGGAUCGAUUACAAGCUCCGAUGGAAUCCAGAGAAAUACGGAGGAAUCACUUCCAUCAGAGUUCCCUCUGAAAACAUCUGGCUCCCAGACAUUGUCCUCUAUGAGAAUGCUGAUGGGCGGUUCGAGGGCUCCCUGAUGACCAAAGCCAUUGUCAGAUUCAACGGGAUGAUAACCUGGACACCACCUGCAAGUUACAAGUCCGCCUGCACCAUGGAUGUCACCUUUUUCCCCUUUGACCGUCAAAACUGCACUAUGAAGUUUGGCUCCUGGACCUACGACGGCCACAUGGUGGACCUGGUUCUGAUGGACUACCAGGUCGACCGGAAGGACUUCUUCGAUAACGGGGAGUGGGAGAUCCUCAGUGCCACCGGCGCCAGAGGAAACCGGAAGGACGACUUGUAUUCAUACCCCUUCAUCACGUAUUCUUUUAUUCUGAAGAGGCUACCGCUGUUCUACACACUCUUCCUUAUCUUCCCUUGUUUGGGUUUGUCCUUUCUGACUGUCUUGGUGUUUUACCUUCCCUCAGAUGAGGGAGAGAAGCUGUCACUUUCCACCUCCGUCCUUGUCUCGCUCACCGUGUUCCUCCUGGUCAUAGAAGAGAUCAUCCCUUCCUCCUCCAAGGUGAUCCCGCUCAUUGGCGAGUACCUGCUCUUCAUCAUGAUCUUCGUCACACUCUCAAUCAUCGUCACCGUCUUUGUCAUCAACGUCCACCACCGCUCCUCAGCCACCUACCACCCCAUGUCGCCGUGGGUUCGCAAUCUCUUCCUCCAGAAACUGCCGCAGUUGCUCUGCAUGCGCGGACACAUCGACCGCUACCACUACCCAGAGCUGGCUCCUGAGAGCCCCGAGCUGAAGCCCCGUUCUGGAGGUCGAAAAGGAGGGCAGAGGAGCGGAGCCCACAGACAGGCAGCGUCUGACGGGAAGGAGGAUGAGGCCUGGGCGACCAUGUUGGAGAAAGCCAUCUAUUCAGUGCGGUACAUCAGCAGACACAUCCGCAAGGAGCACUUUAUCCGCGAGGUGGUACAAGACUGGAAGUUUGUGGCCCAAGUGUUGGACAGGAUCUUCCUGUGGGCUUUCCUCACCGUCGCCGUGCUGGGCACCAUCCUCAUCUUCACUCCAGCUCUGCAGAAGUUCUUCAAAAUACCUCUUCCAGCUUUAAGUGAGGAACCAGCUUCAAACUAGUGUCAAUAACACACACUUUUCACAGACGACUGCUGAUCCACCUUCAACAUGCUGUUAAACACCCUCGAGCAAGAGGACGCCUGUACAGGGUUUUUUUAAAAGGUGAAAUAUGACAAGUUGGCUUUUAGUUGGCUUUCUUCUCUAGUUCCACUGUGUAACACGUGAGGAUGUGUACAAUUUAAUUUAAUUUUCACCAUAAUUACAUAUUGAUUUGUUUAUAGAUAAAUGGGACAAACUAGGUGAAUAUUGGUGCAACCUGGGUUGCAUUUGAGCCUGUUAAUUACCAAAGUCAUAACAUUUCAAAUUUUACACACAGUGGCUUUAAGCAGCUGGUCAAAAUAUUUAAGCCUGGUUUAACUUUAACCACAAAAUAUUAAGUUAACUAUAAAAAAAAUGCACUACAGAUCUUUUAUCAUUUGUUUGAUUUAUGUAUCUGAGCUGACACCCUCAUUGUCGCUUUAUGUUUCUAAUGGACACUUCCCUUCAUUUUGUGUCAUGUUUUCUUAAGUUGUGACAUUUUCUCUAGUUAUUUUUUCAACAAUAUUUUCAAAUUAGACAUAGCUAUUCUGUAAAAAUAACAAGAUGAUCACACACCUGUAGCACAAACUAUGUUUUAGUUGAAUAAUAUGAGAAAAAUGAAUUAUUCAAUCUCUAAACGUACCAACAUUUCAACUGGGAUACAUUCAUUAGAGCUGCCAGGACCUGACAAAGUCUUUUCUUUUAGGACAAGAAAUACGUUCAGAAAAUUAAGAAAUAAGGUUUCUGUGUCUCACCUUAUUUAUUUUCUCUCAUGUGCCGUUUCCUGUUUCCUUGUCUGUCUGAUUCACCAAAUAUACCAAACUUGCAAUAUUUUGGUCACUGCUGAUGGAAAUUUUCAAGUCACAUAAAUUGUGAUAAAUGUAAUGAAAAAGUGAUGGGCAUUUCUUCUCUAAAUUACACAGUCCUCAAAAUUUCAGUAUUCAUAUCACUAGUACUUCAUCACACUAAUAAAGUUCUUUGUUUAAGUCAAUAA